GCACCACCGGUGCGGCGGUGCGGCUGCUCAGCCCGUCGGCGGCGUCGUCGGCCGCAGCGUCGGCCUCGCGCAAGGCUCUGGUCGCUGGCAUGGCCGUCCUCGCAGCCAAGGCCGUGGCGGUUGCCUGCGUCCACGAUGCAGGCCGCGCCGGACGUGACGGUGGCGGCGGCGGUGGAGACGCACUCGCUGAGGAUGAUAGAGUCCGUGAUUCGCUCUGGUACCGCUUUGUCCGCCUCCUCUACCCUCGCAUGGACCGCGCCCUCGCCCAAAGGCAGACGGUGGCCCUCGCCGGAUCGUAUCUGGCGGGCCUCUACCUCUUGCUGUGGAUCUUUGUCUAUGUCUACGCUGCCGGCUCAAACGCUGUCCUCCGCGGCUCGGUCCAUCCGGCGCUCCUUCUGGGUCGCGUCGGCUCUACAGCUGGCUCGCGCUGGACCUCGCUGUGGCGCGGCGGCUGGGCUAGCGUCCGCACCCUCUGGCUCGGCGUCAUCCCUGCCAUGUGGCUCGCGCUGGUGGCCGCCGAGGAGAGCCUCAUCGCCCGGAUGAUGUACGGCUACCAAGACGUGCAUCUUGUCCCCGCCUCGCGCGCUGCUUGCGACGAGAGCGCCGAGUGCCCAAUCUGCCAGGGUGUGGCUGACGCCGACGUCGGAAAGGUGCUGUACACGUUCUGCGACGUGCCGAGCCAUGGCUUCCACUACGAGUGCCUCAACCGCUGGUUCGAGUCCGGCUCGCCGGCUGCAAGCCGUUGCCCUCUCUGCCGCGGCGGCCUGCGGGUCCUAGGCGUCCACGUCGACUCGUUCGCCUCGCUCCUCGCCCUCCCGCGCUACGUCUACGGUCUCGCCGCCCGCGCUGGUCUGACCGCCGCCGGCCUGACUGCCGCCGGUCUCGGUGCCUCGCUCCAGGAGCUGGCUGCUGACUCGGCACUCCGCAACGUCCGCCUCGGCGCGUGGUUUCCGGCGUAGCAUUGCCGCUCCUCACGCCGUCUGCCAGAACCCCGCCCGCCACUUGGCUGCGUGCCGCGCCGCCGUGGCCGCCCGCUCGCGGCGCGCCUUCUUGGCUGCCGCCUUCUUGACUGCCGCCGCCCGCGCUCGGCGCGCCCUUGGCGACGAGCCUGGCACCAGCGGCGGAAGCGGGAGCGGCGUCGGCACCUUGCGGGCCUGAUUCAGCCGUGGUAGCGACCGCGGCGCCGGCCGUGCCGGCGCCC